UUUAUCCUGAGGUGCCCGAAGUGAACAAGUCAUCAGUGUCAGUCGCUCUUCCAUUCUUAAUGCCCAUUAUCAAUUUUCCAGUCUUUACCACAGGCCUCCAAAUCCUGUCCUAUUGUUAGGCUGACAACAACCCUGCGCCAGAGCCUGCUUUUUAUAUUUCCUGCAGUUCACUUACCUGCUCACCAAACAAACUCCCCUAAAAAAGAAUCGGCCUCUAACCACAAAAAAAAGUCAGGAUGAAUGGAGACAGUAAGCGCUGAUUUAAUACCACGACCAGGGCGCACAAAAGCAAGGAGUCAACGCUUGGUGAAUUCAGUGCGCAGUGAAUGGCGGUAGCUAGAGGAACGCAUGUGUGUGUGCUGAACACUUCUUGUGUGGUUUGGGGAUCGGAACUUUGGUACUGUUUGCUGUUUGUGUACAUGUACUCUUUUAUGCACACAGUGGUGUUUAGCUAGUACGACAGAAGGAAAUCUUUGUCAACGAAUGGACAUGUCUGUGUUGUGUUACAAUGUUUGGACUUGAGAAACUUGUAGUUGAGGAAUCUGCUGUUUUUGAAACUUUCUGAUGACUUUGUAAAGUUAAAUGAACUUGUGCAUAUGCUGUCUGCAUGCAUGUAUUUGUUCAGAUCAUCUGUCAGCAUACGUUGAAGCACCGCCACAGAUUAUUAACACUGGAGAGGAUCUCUGUCCACAUUUGGAAUCUUCAGCAGACAUCACUUGCAAUGGUUGGAAAACACAUAGUCAAACUUUUCUCUGAGUCUAUCAACGAGCUGUGCUGCCUUGAUGGAAUAAAGUAUUAGAGACAAAACCUGUCUGAAAUAUGUGUCAGCCAGUAAUAAGGAUGCCACUAUGUGAGAGUGAAGAUCCCCACAUCAAAGUGACAGGAAGAAUCGAGAACAUAGCAGCAGCCAAAGAUAAAAUCAUGUCAGUUCUAGAUACAAAAAGCAAUAGAGUCACCUUAAAAAUGGACGUCUCCUACACGGAGCACUCACACGUGAUCGGCAAAGGAGGAAACAUCAUCAAGAAGGUCAUGCACGACACAGGCUGCCACAUCCACUUCCCUGAUUCCAACCGGGGCUCUCAACAAGAGAAGAGUAACCAGGUCUCCAUAGCUGGACAGAUUGGCGGAGUGGAGCAGGCUCGGGCUAAAGUUAGGGAGCUUCUCCCGCUGGUCUUGGUCUUUGAGCUUCCCAUCAGCAACAACCCAGCUCCAGACAUCAACUCACCCACCAUCCAACAGAUCGUCCAGCUCUACAACGUUGGGGUGAAUAUGAAGCAGCGUGCUCGGGGCUACUCCACCACGGUCACUGUCAGGGGGUCUAGCAGCAAUGCCGCGGGGGUGAAGGAAGGCACGCUACGCUUGAUGGAGCACCUCGUUGGGAACUUAGGGGUAACUUGUCCCGUGAGUACGCAGAUAGAGAUUGCACCACAGCAUCACCAGUUCAUGAGCGGCCGUGGAGGUCUGAACAUCAAACAGAUCAUGCAGGGUACCGGUGCAACCAUCCACUUCCCUGACCCUAACAGUGCACAGCGCAAGAGCACCGUCUUCAUCUCGGGACCGGUGGACUCCGUCAUCGUAGCUAGGCAACUACUCAUGGGAUGUCUCCCCCUAGUUCUGAUGUUUGAUGUCAAGGAUGAGGUGGAGGUAGAUACCACUAAACUAGCUCAGUUGAUGGAGCAACUUGAUGUGUUCAUCAGUGUCAAACCUAAGCCUAGGCAACCCAGCAAGUCUGUCAUAGUGAAGAGUAUCGAGAGGAAUGCACCCAGCAUGUACCGAGCCAGGCAGGCGUUACUGGGCCAGGAAUGCGAGAGUUGUGCAGCUAGUUGUACCAGCACCAGCGUGCGGGGAUUGAAUGGUACGUCGCUGCCUCUGUCUGGGGUCAACGUGGCAAACCUCAGUCUCCUCAACUCCAACCUCAUCAAUGUCAACACCACCAGUCUUCUGUCUGUGAACGGUCUGCCUGUCUCUAGGGUCAGUCCUCGGUCGUCCAUCAGCGGUCCCAGCGGCCUCUCCUGGCCUGCUGUAUCCCAGCAGUCAACUGCACUCACUCACAGAGUGACUCCCGUCCUUUUAGUACAGCAGGGUCACAGCGCCCUCCAGGGUCAAAACACUCUCCAGGGUCACAGGGCCCUCCAGAGUCAGAAAUCUCUCCAGGAUCACAGUGCCCUCCUGAGUCAGAACACUCUCCAGAGUCACAGCGCCCUCCAGAGUCAGAACACUGUCCAGUCUGUCUCUAACCAAGUCCAGAACCCAACUCCUGUUCCAGCCCGGAACCUUGUUUCCAACCCCACCCAGGCCCCUGUUCCAAAUCCUACGCUGAACCCCAAUAUGAGCCCCCCUCUUCACCCUGCCCCCAACCCUCGUCUCGCCCCGACAGCCUCCCCUACCUCAUCCCCUUCCCAUGCAAAUCCACUGUCAGCCCCUGUCCAACGAUCCCAAACCGUGGCCACCAAUCUUCAGGUUGCAAUGCGUCCAGCAGCUGAGUCGACGCGAGCCUACAUGUUACCAACGGCUGGCGCACAAGCAAUAAACACUGUGAUGAACACCCUGCCACAAGGGGUCCCGCACAGGGUAAUACUCCCAUCAGCAUUGAGUGCAAACCCACAACCAGAAGCCCUAAAGGCAUCACCACAAAACACCAUUAUGGCAGAACAGCUGGUAUUCAUGCCCAAACCCAACAUAUCACAACCUGAGCCACACAGGGUGAUACACCCUAUCCCGCACCAGCCAGAGACACAGAGGGUGAUACACAGCCCCCCACAGAGAGGAGUACACCCGACGUCACCACCCCCCGGAUUGACCAAGGCAGAUCCCAUCCUGCUCUCAACGGAGCUGCAGAGGUUAGACAUGGCAGCCAAGGCAGCGAGGCUGAUCAGCUGCUGCGGAGGUGAAGAGUUGACUGAACACAUUGCACGAGCCUCUCAGAUUGAUAGACACCUGUCGACCCACACCAAAGACAGAGUGAUGAGCAGUAACCAUAGCAACACAAGUAGCAGCACCAGCCCCGCCCAGAGCCCUUGCAACAGCCCCAUUGACCUCAUCACCAUGCCGAUGACCUCUCCCAUCAACGCUUUGCAAGGAAGCAGCAGUAGUAUUAGCAGCAGCGGCAGUAGCAUCAGCAGCAACAACAACAACAAUCCUAAGCUGGUGGAUCUAGGCUACCUGCAGAGCAACGUCUCACCUAGCAACAGCAAUGGCAACUUGUCUGGGGUGCUGAUGGGGUCAGGGGGUAGGGGGUCGUUGACCUUGUUGCCAGAUGGAACCCUGGGAUUGACGGGAUCGGGACUCGCAUAUCAUGCCAACAGCAGGAGGUCGUCAGAGUCGGGCGGUGACUCGGACAGUUCCGACAAGCGAGCCCCUGGGUGCGAGCGACGGGACUGGGAGCGUGAGCGAGGGGAGUGGGAGAGGGGGCGAGAGCAGGAACGACAGGAGGAACUGGACAGGCUGGCCCUGCAGUCCACAUCAACGUCUUAUAAUGGCGUGGAUUAUGAUCAGAAGAAACUAAUGGCAAAUAAAGCCAUGAAGAAGAAACCAAUCGUGAGUGAAGUCCGGAGGCCCACCGAUCAGUGGAGUGGUUUAGGGUUCUCCAAGUCCAUGCCAGAAUCUGCGAUUAGAGAACAACGCAAACCUAACGGAUUCUCACUGUUCCAUACAGAAAAGCUGCCCACUACUUACGAGAAUGCUUUGAAAGAAGAAAGCGAGAGUAACACCAAUGAGAGCAGCUGGCCACCGGAUCGUUCGAGUCCGUUAGAUGAUUUGAUGACAUCACAGACGUCGGAACAGCAACAGACGUCAGCUGCACCCGGGGAAUACCCGGCGAACAGGAAAAAGAAAGUCACCUACACUAAUCUGAGUUGCAGUAACUACAUCGAGGGUUCUUCCUUGCCCAGACAAUCUAAAGGUCUGUGGUCCAGCAAUGAGUGCAGUAGUAACUCCCAGUCUCCUGCUAGUAUUAAACCAGACCUAGGCGAUCUCUUCAUCAAUCUAGGCCUGGGCAAAUACGCUGACGUCUUUCAACAGCAAGAGAUUGACCUUUCAACUUUCCUGACCCUGACUGACAAUGACCUGAAGGAGCUGGGGAUUACGACCUUCGGUGCUAGACGGAAGAUGCGUCUGGCCAUCUCAGACAUGAACAAGAGUAAGACCACACCCUUCCUCUUCAAUGCUACCAAUACCUCUGGUCUCCUUCACGAGGGCUCCAACGGAUCCAACGGCCUGAUCCACUCCACCCACGGUCACGAAAGCCCGACCAGCGUCUGGUAAACCACACAAAAUACACUUACCACCACACCAAAUCACAGGUACCAUUGUGUAAGUAAAGUAAUGGCUUCGCAAGCCUUUGCAUUAACAGCACUGCCGGGUUUUAAAUCAAUUCUGAUUCCAUCCAGAUAACUUUCUGUUCAGAAUACAGCAAAAAGGUUGUCGUGAAGUACAAAUAUACACCCUUUACAUGUAGGUUUUAUGAGGCAAAUUUUGCCACCGUGAAUGGGUUUGACUUGAUACCAUAGAAAGCGACAAAACAGCAUGAAUUAGUCGUAGUUUUGCAACAGACUCCGUGCACAAGUACCCCCUCACUCUGCCACAUAGAGAGAGUUGGAGGGGCCACUGGGAGGGUUUCUUGAACGCAUUGGCGCUGUACGCCUGGGGCUCGCACUAGACGAUACGAGUUUGUGUACAUAAAUCGUGCGUACUUUGCCCCCUACAUGCACGCACCACGGAGCUUCUACAAGUGUCAACAUCAGUGUUUUUAAAGAGCACUCCGUCAGCUCAAAAAAGCUUGCGUACAUGACAAAUCAUGAUCACAUCAACAAUUGACCCUCGGUAUCAAAAAAAAAGUUUGUAAAUUCUGUAUAUUUCAAAUAGUUUUCACAAUACCAGACAACUUCGUUGAUACAGUUUUGUAGGGUUUGUAGAGGAAUAAAUGAAUAAAUGUCGAGGUCAUUUUACUUUGACCUGUACUGUGUUGGGUCAUUUCGGGGUCAUGUUGGGGUCAAGUUGAGGUCAAGUUGAGGUCAUUGAUGAAGGAUGUUCAUGCAGAAAAAAAUCAAAGUUUGAAAUUCCAUCAAUAUUGAUUUGCACAAAACAAUAUCAUUCCAAAACAAUACAGUCCUGAUGCGUCAGUUUUGUUGAAAAAAUUGUUUACAAAAGCAGCUUUUUGUGAGAGUUUAUGUUAGAAAAUUUCAACAUUUGACUGAUCGAUUCUUGUCGACCCUCAUUUGCAAGCAAAGGUCCGAAAUUGGAGUGGGCGACAUUUAAACUAUCAGACAAUUUAAAAAAGUAAAGAAAUUUACUUGACAAGGGUAUUGGAAUUAUAUUGGAAGGGGAAUUUCCUUGACGAAAUUGUUAUUAAUUUUUAAUGUUAAUUUUUCGUUUAUAUUUUUAUUAUUAUUCUUGUGGGGGGGGGGUGGAGCAGGGUUCAUUUAUUGCAUCUGGUUUUCAACCAUUAAUUCCUUUGUUUGUUUGCACAUGACAAUGGUCACUGUAAAAAUGGCCGCCGCUUACUUUUUGCAACAGGAACGGCAAAACAGACUGCUCCUUAAAUACACCACGUGUCUUUCAAAUUAGAUGGGGAUGAUUUGAAUGAAUGAAUGAAUGAAUCAUCGACAGUUGCUUGUUUGCAGAAUGAAAAUUUAAAACAAAAAUGUGAUUAUGUCACAUUUACGAGACAAAUAGUGCAGAGCAAAUGCCUCCAUUGUGGAAAAUAUAUGCAACACUAUUGACCUUAUUUUGAAACAAAAGUAGACAUUUAAGAAGACUUUGAAAUACUUGCAGCAGUUUAAGAAUGUUCGAAUAGUCUCAGACUAUUGUACUUCACUGAACACUUUUUUAAUUAAAAAAUAAUAUAUUUUCAGCUGAAGCUAAAGUCAUAUAUUUUUGAAACAGCAUGCAUUUUGUAGAACUAUUUUUCACCAACGUAAACCAUUUUGCCUUAUUAAAGUGUUGAAACAGAAGUGCUUCCGAAUAUUAAAAUAAAAAAAUCAUUUUUAGAAAACAUGCAAUUCAUGUCCAUUUCCAUGAACACCGAUUUUUCAUCACUUACAGAAGUAGUGUAUGAAUCGAACCAAACUUUGAAAAGAUUGCCUUGGGUUUGUUCUUGCAGACGGUGACUUUUCACUUUUUGAUUGAGUUGACUUACAAAUACUUGGAAAACAUUUUUUAUAGAGGGGACAAACAUUUAAGAAGACUAUUUGAGUAGCAUCAACAUGCAUCACAUUUUUUUAGUAACUCCAUAUUUAAAUUUAAAUAUUCAAAGCCCAACUCGGAAAACCAUUCCCCCUGCUUUAAAACUGGGAAGUUCUUAGUGUUACAGUUGAAGCAGAGUAUGUAUUUUAUUUAUGGAAAUGUAAUUAUUCAUAGGAGAUAUAAAAAAAUGCCUAGCACUGAUGUAUUAUGGGACAUACUUGUAAAAGGUGAAUAUAGUCUUGAAAUUAGUUCAAGUCCGUUCUCCGUCCUCUGUACACAUUCUUUGUACACCCUUGUCAAUGUGUCGUCCACACUCAGUAGAAUUAGUUAGUAAAUACACAGAAAUUCCUGUUUAUAUCUGAAAUUGUAGAAAAGAAUUUCUACAGAAAAGUUUCAGGCGCUUCCAUACUGUAAAUGAAAUGCCGUUUUCUCUGCAGGAUGCAGAGUAAAACAGUUUUAUAAGUAAACAUUUAUGAAAUAUUCUUUAAAAAUAGAUGGAACCGUGGCACAAUUUUUGAAUAAUUUACCCAAAUCCUUCAAUUUUAAUAGGAUUUUUCAUGCACCCUAAGGGGACUAAGGAAAAAGUGGAAUAAAAUAUGGGAAAAACCCAAGGGCAAGACAGCAGUUUUAGCUAUUUUGUGUUAGUAAAAGUGCAUGGAAUGGACCUAAAACGCGGCAACGGCAACGCGGCUCUACAGUACGAAUUAAACAUGUGUGUAGAUUUUGGACAGCGGCCCGGUGUCGAAUGAUGCUAGCACCCCAAGUUUGUUUUUAGUUUUCACGGCUGGCCGUGGUCCAGACAAUAUCGUCCCCCCCCCCCC